UAGAACUAUGGAGGGUCCAUAAUGGGAACAUAGAAUAUUUUUUUAUUUUAUUUUCUUAUGUUGGUGCCACUUCUCUGAGAAAGUAAUUUCAAGCAUCGUGUUGAUAUACCAACCUCUUUGAACUUUCGGUUAACAUAACCACCAAGAUGGGUAAAGUUAAGUGCUCAGAUUUGAGAACAAAAGACAAAAAAGAGCUCACAAGGCAGCUCGAUGAGUUGAAAAAAGAACUUACAAACCUGAGAGUAGCGAAGGUUACUGGUGGUGCUCCCUCCAAACUUUCGAAAAUUCGUGUGGUCAGAAAAGCAAUUGCUAGAGUGUACAUUGUUAUGCACCAAAAACAAAAAGAGAAUUUGAGAAAGUUGUAUAAAAACAAAAAAUAUAAACCAUUGGAUUUGAGGCCCAAGAAGACCAGGGCCAUCAGACGUGGAUUGACUAAGCAUCAACUCGCCCUUAAGACUCCUAAAGACAUAAAGAAGAUGUCAACGUUUCCCCCUAGGAAGUUCGCUGUUAAGGCAUAAACUGAUGUAAAGUAAAAAAUAUAAGUUUUCUUAAAGUA